AUGGUCUUCCUCUGUGUUCGCGUCAAAUCUCAGAACUCACCAUAUAUGGAAGCAAUCGUAAAUGCAGAGUUUGGUUCAACAGUGUCCAGUGACAGUGUUGUGUACAGUGUUGCCCAGUGGGCCCAAAUUAUCAUCGGACAAAAUCAAAAAGCUGACGGCACUGUUGAAAAUGACACCCCUUUUGACGGAAGAAUUUCAAGCGUGAACAUUUGGUUUGGUGUUUUAGAUGAACAAAAUAUAGUAAAUUGGUACAAUGAAGGUUUAAAAUAUUACGUUCCUAACAUCAUUAAAUGGCCGGAACUUGGUUUGUCUUCCAAGAGAUUUGGAGUCGUUCACUUUGUUAAGGUCACUUCUGCUGGGAGACAUUGGAGAAAUGUUUCAGUAGAUGAAGUGGAAGUACAGACAACAAGUAAUGUUGUUGCGGCGAAAACUGUCGAAGGUGGAUCCGGAGUAGUUAUCGAAGUUCAACUGGAGUCACCAGUCGAUUGUCCCGUUGGAAGUUACGGGGCUCCUACAGACGGCGUGUUUAUAUCCGUAUCUGGAGACUGGAAACGAAUCUCAUACAAGCAGAUGUUUUUACAAACUCAAACGUGUUUUGCAGUUUUUGGAAGCGUCCCUGACUGGGCUUCUGAUAUAUUUACUCCCGGUGUUUCAGAAUUCGACCCUAAUCUGGAUGAACUUUGGGAAGAAGAAUAUCUUGGCCCAAAUGAUAAUCUUUUCAAUGGUGUGAAUACUUUGUGUGGCGAUGGACACUUUUGGAUGGUAAAUCAACCAAAUACGCCAGUAGCUGGAGUCAGUCUAAGACGAAAAAGCGGCGUGUCAAAUGCUGGGAUAUCCACCUUUGGCAAGUGUGGAAUGUUCAACUUCAAGAUUUCUGAUAUUCGUGUUCUGGAAUGA